CAAGGCUCCAGGAGUGUGGUACGGUGAAGAGGUAGCAAUGGGCCGAGUGAUUCGCGGCUCGCGUAAGGGCAAGUCCCUGAUCUUCACAGCGAAGACCAGGCUCAGGAAGGGUGCCGUGAAGCUUCGUGCAGUGGACUUUGCGGAGCGCAAGGGUUACAUCAAGGGCCUGGUGAAGAACAUCUUGCACGACCCUGGCCGUGGAGCUCCUUUGUGUGAGGUCGUCUUCCACGACCCCUACCGCUACAAGCUGAAGAAGGAGCUGUGGGUGGCUGUGGAGGGAAGCCACUCUGGGCAGUUUGUGUACUGCGGCUCAAAGGCUCAGUUGGCUGUGGGGAAUGUCCUCCCAUUGGCGAAGAUGCCCGAGGGUACCGUGAUUUCCAUGUGCGAGGAGAAGGCCGCUGAUCGCGGCCGCUUCGCUCGCGCGUCUGGCACAUCCUGCAUGGUCGUGGGCCAUUCGGAUGAUGGGCGCAAGACCCGCGUCCGCUUGCCAUCCGGCAGCCGCAAGAGCCUUCCCUCCACAUGCCGUGCCAUCGUGGGCAUUGUGGCUGGUGGUGGCCGCAUGGACAAGCCAGUGUUGAAGGCUGGCAACAACCACCACAAGUACCGGGUGAAGAGGAACAGCUGGCCGAAGGUGCGUGGUUCAGCCAUGAACCCUGUGGAGCACCCUCACGGAGGAGGAAACCAUCAGCACGUCGGACACCCCACCACGGUGGCUCGCUCAGCUGUGCCUGGUCAGAAGGUGGGUCUCAUUGCAGCCAGGCGCACUGGUCUGCUCCGUGGUGGCCAGAAGCUGAAGAAGUGAAGCAAGUGAGCCCGCCGCAUGAUACAUCAAGUUGCUACCUGCGACUUCUGCCACAGAGCAAGGCAACAACGCCGUACCAGCCAG